AUGGAAGAAGUUGACGAAGAUAUUCCGCAUCAUCGACAUCAUUAUCAACAUCUUCACCACGCUUCUGCAGCCAAAACAGUUAAUAUUCCUCAAGCAACUGAUGCAGUUGAAGCGGAACCCGAAUUUGAUAGCGAGGAGCUUACGGCUAAUGAUCUCCGAGAGCGACGCAGCAUAAGCGGCACCGAACACCCCAAUUUCUUGUUAUGGAAUUCUACGGUGGCUUCUGUUGAACGCCUUUGGAAUAAUCAGAAGAGAAGAGCUUCAUAUAUGGGACCGUAUAAUAGUGACACAGCUAGUGGCCCAAGACAUCAUUAG